AUAGAGCGCGCGGUCCCGAGGCCCGGCUGUUCAUCACCGGGCGGGCUAUCGCGAUAGAGACAGCGGCAGUGUGUCAGGGGCGUUCGGACAGGGGAGAGGAUCCCAAUUGCCACCCACGUGUGCGGCCUUGCGCUGUCACAGUGCGGGGCACAAGGCGGGACUGUCGCGAUAAGAUCGGGCCCGCCUGGCAGCGCUUUUGUGACAUAAGCCUGUCCUCGAAGCAAUCGCGGUCAGGGCUGUCCCUGUGCCCCCGCGGCCCGGGCACGGAGCCGGGCAUGGAUCCGGCCGGGGCGUUCCCGGUGCUGGAGCGGGAGCUGCGGGCGGCGCUGGCCGAGGACGAGCGGCGGCAGCGGGAGGGCGAGGCCAAGCUGCGGGCGCUGCGCCAGGGCGUGCCCGACUACGACCAGUUCAGGGAGAUUGUGCUGGCUUCUCACCUGAAGCCUCUGGAGAAGAAGGACAGGCUGGGACAGAGGAGGAAUGUGCUGUGGAAUCCCUGUGCAGCCCCAGCUCAGACAGCACCUGCCCAUGCUGUGGACAUCCCACAGGAGCUGAUCCAGCUGCCCGGCACCGCUGCGGAAUUUCACCGCGAUUGGCGCCGGUGCCUGAAAAGUGGGACAGACAAAUACCAGUUUUUGCUGGAGCUUGGAGGGGAGGCUUUGGGCAGGAUCUUCCAGGCUGAUGUGGGCUUUGGCCUCCUGGGGGAGUUCCUGACAGUGCUGGCAGAGAACAUCCAUGCUGGGGACAGAGCUGCCAUCCUUCAGAUCCUGCAGAGCCUGGCGGGCACCGGGCGCUUCGGGCUCAACGUGGCUCUGCUGAGCCAGGCAGAGAAGCAGAGCAGCCAGGAUUUGUUCAGGAAGCUGCAGAGCAGGGAUGGGCAGGCUGCUGGCCAGGGGGAAGCCCAUCCCAUGGAAACCCACCUGGAAAAGGAAACUGAGGAGGAGAGGACAGUGGUGGAGCUGAUGAAGUGUUACCAAGUCAGCUGAGGAACACCAGGAUUGAGCAGAAACCUCAAAGAUGACGUUGGCAUCACUUGUUGUUGUUCACAAUAAAGUUUAGCUCCCAGGC